UUCCCACUUCUCCCAGUUUCUUCACGAAGGUUCUGAACCAGACGGCGAUGCAGGUGUACUGGGACCUGCCGGUGCCCGGGAAGCUGGAGGGCUUCAGACUGGAGUACCGCAGGGUUUCUAACCCCAACGUCCAGGGACAGGAAACCAUCCCUGCUCACAUCAACACACACACAGUGUCUCACCUGGAACCUGCAGCGGUGUAUGAAAUCCAGCUGGUGGCGUUUAAUGGGAAUGGAGACAGUCCAGCCAACCGGCGCCUCGUGUCUCUGGACGAGAGAGGAAACACAGUAUCAGCUGGUCCGACCUGUAACUGUGAUCAGUCUGAUGGAUCCGUCUCCACUCUGCUGGUCGGGCUCCACAGUGGCCUCGCCUGCAUCCUCUGCUGCAUCAUCUUCAUCCUGCUGGGAUACAGACGCAGCCUGUUCUGUAGGAAGGCAGUGAGCUGGGAUGCUCCACCCACCCUUAAUGAUGUCAGAGGUCCUAAAGGUCAAACACCUGAAAACAUUGAGCUCAGCCAGAGAUGUGACUCUGCCCCUCCUCCAGUGAUGGUCAUGGUUGAACCAACACCACCCGUCCAGCCAAUCACAGGCACUGGAUAAACCUCCCCCUGCCCCCCCGGCUCCUGUGCUUCUGACAGCCUUACACCCCCCUGAAGGACACACUGAGAUUAAUGAAGAUGAUGAUGUCACAGGGAUGAAAACGCACACGUUCAGAUGAAGAAAUUCUUCUUCACACUGAAACCAAAGUCAGAUUCUUUUUUCAUGUAGCUCAUGUGAACGGUUCCCGUGUGACAUCACUUGCUGAUGUUUGCUGUUGAAACCAAAACCUUUUUUCUUUGGUUCAUUUUAAUUUAGUCACCGUCAGUGCCGAGUUUCCUGAGACGAUGAGUC